GAUUAUCCUUAAUUACUGUAUGCAUUUGUGUGUGAGCACACGAUUGGUUCCCAUAAAAAAUAUUUAUUAAUGAUAAGAUUACCUAUGCAGUUUCAUUUUUUUUCCUUAUUUGGUAGUCCCGCAUUCAAUAUAUAUUUAUAUAGAGCUCGCAGUAGCCGAAUUCAGCACAACUCUCACAGUCUCCAAAAUCGAAACACGAUUCAGAGUACAAAGAAUUAGUGCAAUGGGGCACAACUCAUGGGUACAUUGUGAUGAAGCUAGAGUUAGUUUCGGUAAUGACCCAUUUAUUGAAUGUAUUGUACAACUUAAAUGGGUUCAGGAUAAUGGGACUUUGACUGUAUCAAACCUAGACGGAACAAUCACUAGAAUCAUUUUUUUGACAUCGGGUGAUGUAAAUUGCUUGAAGAUUUGUGACGAAGGCAAUUACUCUCACUUGCUUGUUUGCGUAGAUACAAAUAAACGUCCUUAUAUUAGAUUUCAAUUCGACAGUGAUGAUCUACUGGAGAGAUGGCAAGCACAGUUCGCAAGGAUUUCUGGAAAAAUGGAUCAAGUAGUCGCUAAAUCCAAUGAAGAGAACAUCAAGCAGAUUUCUCAACAAACAUGGGAUUAUGACCACCCAAAAAGACCAUUUAAAGUAAAAUUACCUACAAAUUUUAUUCCAGGCACAAAAUUUAUUUUUACUGGUUGUGCUGCGGAUGACGCUAUUAGAAUGGACUUUGAUUUUUACGAAGAACAUAGUGAAGACAUCAUUUUCCAUUUCAAUCCACGAUUUCAUGAGGACCGUGUUGUAAGAAAUGGAAGAAUAAAAGGAAGUUGGGGCGAGGAGGAAGUCGGAGGACGAAUGCCUUUUAAAAAUGGUAAACCAUUUAAAGUGAGCAUAGAAGCAACAGAGGAUGCCUUUGUAGCAUACGUGGAUGAUAAAUUAUUCACAACAUUCCACCACCGCGCACCACCGCAUUCUAUCGGAUAUUUUGGUUUGGAGGGUAAAGUCCAACCUUAUCAACUGAUCAUAUCCCGUAGCCCUGGACACAUAGCUAAUACAACAGAAAUUGAAAGAAAUUAAACUAUUUUAUUGUGUUUUAUUCAAUGUGAAUAAAUCUUUAAAUUUACGCUCUA